AUGGCGGCGUCGUUCCCGGUCAGAAACGGCAGCUCUCCUCUGACCUGUUCCCAGACACAUCCGUACAGCAAGACCAGAAUGCACCCCAUGGUCAUUCUGCCUCCACCUGCCCAGCCCGGAUCCAUGCAUUCAGGGUCUACGCUUAUCCUGGGGGGGGGUCCCACGUUUGCACCAAUCGGGGAGAAGCACCCAGACCAGCCUCAGUCAUGGGGAGACCCGGCGUGGGCUUUGGUUACGAGCCUGGAGUCCAGUCCUCACGGCCACACAUCCUGA